AUGUCUUUUUCGACUGUAGAGAAUACACAAACCGUGCUUGCCUCGAGAUCUGGAAGGAAGUCAUUCAAGCGCAGCUCACGCGUCGCACAGCCGGCAACUGAAGUUUCUAGCCUGAAAGACAAGAAUGCUAGCAGCAAAGAUGAUGAAGACGGUACCCUCAACUCGUUGUUCUCCAAGAGCGUCCCCUCAACAAGUCAAGAUUCGAUGAACAUUGAGGUUCUUCCUAGCGCAUGCAAAGAAGCCGAGGACCUACCGACAGUGAAUGACGAAAGCACUCAGUGUGACAUGGACAUCAUUGUGUACUACAACACCGCAGAGGUUGCUCGCCACCACGUCACUAAUAACUUUGGCUGCCGUCUUUUCUACUGUCCCGAGUUCUUUGACCGAGUGAAAAAGGUAGACCUCCUCGAUCCCGACGGUUUUCAGCGGGGAUUUGGUAACCCGAGACGACAACAAAUCAGUCUUCCUCGACCGUCAGAGUCACAUACAGAUCUCUUGAAAUUGCUGACUAGUAUGCAAAGAGGUUUACUACUAGACAUAACCUCCAAAGAUGCAUUUGCCACCAAUUUGUCCCAAUGUGCUGUCUACUGCAGCGAUACCAGAUAUAUGACGAUCGAAGCGGGCAGGCUAAAAAGGAAAGAGCGCACAAAGGUGUUUCACUACAGCAAUAGAUUUCUUCCAUUUCUUGAGAGUCAUUGCAAAGGUGCAAAUCCUUGUCCUAGUUCGGAGUUGUUCUUUACUUUUGGUCAAACGUGGAGUGCCGACCAUCCAGCAGAGCAGAAUUUGCUGUAUAUUGUGAUGGUGCACUGUCUAGCAAGAUGUCAAGUUCAGGCAAAGAGUAUUGACGUACAAAAUUUGACAUCAGAUAUCUCAAUUGAAGUAGAAGAAUCAGAUGACGAUGAUAAACAAUUGUUGCAAAUGUUCCAGGAAAAUUCUGUACAUACGUCGCCAAGAGACGUGCAGGAAAAAGAUGCUGCACUACUGAAAGCACAGUUAUGUUACUUGUCUCCAGAUGAUUUACAAACACAUACUAAGAAUGAAGCUAGGAUUGUACGCUACGAAUGUGUAGAUACGUUGCCUCUGGCUGCUGCUGCUUCUGUAGACUUACCGAGUGGUCACAGCCCACGCGCAAUCACGAGAUCAAUUUCAGUCAAAAUGCAAGAAGCAGGAGAACGCUUUGUUUGUUGGUUGUAUAACAAGGUUGAAGAAGACUCGAUCCCGGGAGUUAUCUGGGUAAAUAAACGCGACCUUCUCUGUCAAAUUCCGUGGCAGAGAGGAAGCAGGAAGUCUCUAACAGGAGGAAGCAUUACACGCUUGCUGGAAGCUUGGGCAGACUUCUGCGGGCGGGGCCAAGAGCCAGAUUUGCGCACUUGCAUGAAGGAAGUCAACUACGCUGUGCAGAAUUUGGAGGGAUGGCUUAGGACGGUGAAGGUAGAUGAAAUAGAAGGAUACAGACUACUGCAGUUCGAUAGGAAUGCUUUGCGGAGUGUCAUUCAGGCAAGAGAUACGGGAGAAACGCAAAAUGGCCUCACAUGCACAGCAGUUGAGGAAGCAGAAGAGAGUCUGGAAGAAAGCUCACGAUCCUCACUAGAAUUUCGUCUUCAAACUGUGCCUUGCCAAGAAGAACAUCACAGGAGGAAAAGAACUCGUCAGCCUUUGCCUUCACUCAAAACAGCACUUUCAAAAAAGGUCAGUCGUGUGAAUUCUCCAGUGGCCGAAAAUGAGUGUCCAGAAGAGAGCAAACUUCUACGUUUGCCAACUCCCUUAGGGGACAGACAUACACAUGUCAAGAGUCCACCAGAUAGCCAAAUAUCUGAUAUGCUAAGGCCAAGUGGAAUGGAGGUAAUCGUGUUUUAUUUCAAUAGAGAAGUUGCUCGCCAUUACAUUAGAGACGCGGUGGGCUGUCUUCUCUACUAUAAUCAACAUUCUCAGCCAAAGUAUCAUACAUGUGGUGAUUCUCUUGUUUACAUCGCACUACCCAACCCAGACACUGGCUUCGGAACACCGAGUUUGAAACGACUACUCCAAAGCAUGCAGCUCGGUGUAUUAAUAGAAAUGAGGAAUAACGACAUAUUUGCAAAACAGUUAGGUUUCUGUUCGGUGUAUUGCAAUGAUACACGAUAUGAAACUCAUUCGGAAGGAAAAAUCAGACGACUCGAUGGCACGAGAGUGUAUGAUUUUCAGCUAUUUUGUUCGCACUUUGAGAGUCAUUGUAAUGGGCAAGGAGGCUGUCCUAGUACUGAGAUUUACAUGACAUUCGGACAGGCGUGGAAUUGCCAUCGUUCUAGUGAAGAAAAUCUUUUAUCUGUAGCUGUGAUUCAUUGUCUGGCUAGGACUCGAGUACAGGAACUCAGUCCUCACAGACCUGGUGCUGAAAUUAUCGAGACUGUUGAACUUGAGAUCGAUGAAAAGACGGACGAAGAUGAUCAGAUUGAAUUACGUUUUGGUCACGUGAUUUCUAAUCCGGGAACGUGCCUUGCGCAAUAUUACUUCUCUUUGACACGAGGCUGUUGCACGUUCGCACAGACAUCGAUUUUUGUCCUAGUGAUGUCUCUCACACCUGUUUUUCUGCUUACAGUUGUUGCAUUAGCAUGCAGUGGUCAAGGCUACGCAGCGUCUCGAACUGGGAAGUCCCCCUCAUCACACCUGGUGACAAGUUCAGUCAAUUCAAACUCGACUACCGGAGUUCCGACUACAGCCGCCACGGAAGACACAACAACAGGAAGUACAACGAAGGCAACUGAAGCUGCAACUACAACAACCGCUUCAACUACAGCUGCUACCACAAAACAACCAACUACAGCUAGUACAACAAAAGCUGCAACUACAGCUGCUACCACAAAACAACCAACUACAGCUAGUACAACAAAAGCUGCAACUACAGCUGCUACCACAAAACAACCAACUACAGCUAGUACAACAAAAGCUGCAACUACAGCUGCUACCACAAAACAACCAACUACAGCUACAACAAAAGCUGCAACUACAGCUGCUACCACAAAACAACCAACUACAGCAGGUACAACAAAAGCUGCAACUACAGCAGGUACUACAAAAGCUGCAACUACAGCAGGUACAACAAAAGCUGCAACUACAGCUGCUACCACAAAACAACCAACUACAGCAGGUACAACAAAAGCUGCAACUACAGCUGCUACCACGAAACAACCAACUACAGCUGGUACAACAAAAGCUGCAACUACAGCCAUCACAGGAAAGCCGACCAACAAUUCAACAACGCCCUCAAACACUACAUCUCAUCCGACCAACAAUUCAAUAACGCCAUCAAACACUACAUCUCAUCGUCCUACAUCUAAUUCGACCACAACAUCUACUUCGUCUAGGCACGUCACAGUUGUUACUACACAUCACGGUCAUACUAGGUCACCGUCACCUCAGAAGGAAACAUGCAGCUGCUCUGGGAAGCUUGGAAUUGCAAUCCCAGUGACUCUCGUUCUGACGGCGCUUGCUACAAUACUGAUUUUCUUUGCUCUGCUGAAGAAUGGCGUCAUCAGCAGCCCGGCGUCUCACAAAUACAGUAAGGUCGAAUCGUAAUGUGGACCUUCUAACGGUUUGUUCUCACUCUGUUCUUUUCGAGACGAUUAGUGCAUUCUCAUGCUAUAUACUAACACAGCUGUUAUAGCUGGACGUGAUUACAUUUGCGUUGCUAGAGAUAAUUUUGAUGGUGCUGACCAAUACUGUAGAAGACUUGCGAAUUGAAGUUACUGUCAUGGCAAACAUUUGUAGUGAAAUAUGACAUUUGGCUCAUGCCCCAA